AUGUCAAAGCUGUCACGGCGUGACAACCGGCUGAAAUGGAAUAACGCCCAUUCGAUACAUUUACGCCUUAGACCGGGCUGUACUCGCUUAUGGAGGAUCCAAGUUGGCUUCUCGCCAACGGUAACUUUCUGUCACAAACCUGGCUAUGAGAAGAGUAUGAUGGCAAGAAAGGCAUGCGGCCAAUCCCGGGGACAUCUUGACUCCUAUGACGCUAACAUGAUAUGA